GCGGGCGCGGGCAGCCUCGGAAUUCCGGCCAUGGUCCCGGGGCAGCCCGCCGGGGUCUAGGGGGCUGGAGCGGGGGGCUGCGCCUCGGGGGGCUGGGUCGGCCCGGGGGCAGCGAUGCGCCGGUGACGCCAUGCGGUGGGCGCUGGUGGUGCUGUGCGGGGUCCUGUGCCAGCUGGGCGGGUCGCGGGGCCAAGGGGCCAACCUGACGGUGGCCGUGCUGCUGCCGAAGCAUAACAUGACCUACCCGUGGGCCUGGCCCCGCGUGGGCCCCGCCAUCUGGCUGGCCAUCGACCGGAUCAACCGGCAGCCGGACCUGCUGCCGGGCCACACGGUGCGCUGGGUCUUCGGGAACAGCGAGGACAAGCACGGCGUCUGCUCCGACCGGGACGCCCCCGUGGCCGCCGUGGACCUCAAGCUGGCCGACAACCCCGACGCCUUCAUCGGCCCCGGCUGCGUCUACAGCUCGGCGCCCGUGGCCCGCCUGACCAGCCACUGGAAGCUGCCGCUGGUGACGGCUGGGGCGGAGGCCCACGGCUUCGACAACAAGGAGGACGUCUUCGCCCUGACCACGCGGGCCGGGCCCAGCCACCGCAAGCUGGGCGAGUACGCCGUGGGGCUCCAGCGCCACUUCAACUGGACCCACCGCGCCCUGCUGGUCUACUCGGACGAGAAGCUGGACGACCGGCCCUGCUUCUUCGCCAUCGAAGGGCUGUACGUGCAGCUGCCCACCUUCCGCAACCUCACCGUGUUGGACAUCUCCUUCAAGGACGGCGACGAGGCCAACUACACCUUCCUCAUCCAGGAGAUCAAGCAGAAGGGCAGAAUCGUGUACGUCUGCUGCUCCCCGGACACCUUCCGCCAGAUCCUGCUUCAGGCCCGGCGCGAGGGGCUCACGCAGGGGGACUACGCCUUCUUCUACAUCGACGUCUUCGGAGCCAGCCUGCAGGGCUCCCGCUUCCCCGACCCCCAGAGGCCCUGGAGACGCGGGGACAAGGACGACGCCAACGCCAGGGAGGCCUUUAAGGCAGUGAUGAUCAUCACCUGCAAGGAGCCCGAGAACCCCGAGUACCAGCCCUUCCUGGAGCAGCUCAAGCAGGGGGCCCACACCCACUUCAACUUCACCCUGCAGGACGGUCUGAUGAACUACAUCGCAGCUGCCUUCCACGACGGGGUGCUGCUGUACGCCCAGGCCGUGAACGAGACCCUCCAGCAGGGCGGCACCGUCCGGAACGCCAGCGCCAUCACCCAUCGCAUGUGGAACCGCACCUUCUAUGGAGUCACCGGCUUCCUGAAGAUUGAUGAGAACGGAGACCGGGAGAGUGACUAUUCGCUGUGGGACAUGGACCCCACGAGCGGCAUAUUCCAGAUCGUCUACAACUACAAUGGCACCACCAAGAAGAUGAGCGCAGUGCCCGGGUGUGAGAUCCACUGGCCGGGGAAGGGUGUGCCCAGGGAUGUCCUGCCCUGUGGCUUCGACAACAGCAACCCUCUGUGCCGCAAAGCCAGCUUAACCACGCUGGAGAUCCUCUCACUCAUGGUGAGCCUCGUCCUGCUGAGCAUCACCAUCACCUCCUUCUUCAUCUACAGGAAGCUGGAGCUGGAGAAGGAGCUGGCGGCCGAGCUGUGGCGUGUGCGCUGGGAAGACGUCCAGUCCAGCAGCCUGGAGAAACACCUGCGCAGCGCCGGGAGCAAACUGACCCUGUCGCUGAGAGGCUCCAACUAUGGCUCCCUGCUGACCACGGAGGGGCAGUUCCAGGUCUAUGCCAAGACGGCCUAUUACAAGGGGAACAUCGUGGCGGUGAAGCACGUCAAUCGGAAGCGAAUCGAGAUGACGCGGAAGGUGCUGUUUGAGCUGAAACACAUGAGGGAUGUCCAGAAUGAACACCUGACCCGCUUCAUCGGAGCCUGCACGGACCCUCCAAACAUCUGCAUCCUGACGGAGUACUGCCCCCGUGGGAGCCUCCAGGACAUCCUGGAGAACGAGAGCAUCACGCUGGACUGGAUGUUCCGGUACUCGCUCACCACUGACAUCGUCAAGGGGAUGCUGUUCCUGCACAAUGGGGUGAUUGUCUCCCACGGCAACCUCAAGUCCUCCAACUGCGUGGUGGACAGCCGCUUCGUGCUCAAGAUCACGGACUACGGGCUGGAGAGCUUCCGCGUGGCCCCCGACUCCGACGACUCCCACGCGCUCUUCGCCAAGAAGCUGUGGACGGCGCCCGAGCUGCUGCGCAUGGAGGUGCCCCCGGCCCAGGGCACCCAGAAAGGCGACGUGUACAGCUUUGGGAUCAUCCUGCAGGAGAUAGCCCUGCGCAACGGGGUCUUCUACGUGGAGGGGCUGGACCUGAGCCCCAAAGAGAUCAUUGAGCGGGUGAAGGGCGGCGAGCGCCCCUACUUCCGGCCCUCCGUGAACGUGGCCUGCCACAUCGAGGAGCUGGGGCUGCUCAUGCAGCACUGCUGGGCCGAGGACGUGCUGGAGCGGCCGGACUUCAACCAGAUCAAGAUCCUGCUCCGCAAGUUCAACAGGGAGAACAGCAGCAACAUCCUGGACAACCUGCUGUCGCGCAUGGAGCAGUACGCCAACAACCUGGAGGAGCUGGUGGAGGAGCGGACGCAGGCCUACCUGGAGGAGAAGCGCAAGGCCGAGGCCCUGCUCUACCAGAUCCUGCCCCACUCCGUGGCCGAGCAGCUGAAGCGCGGGGAGACGGUGCAGGCUGAGGCCUUCGACGUCGUCACCAUCUACUUCAGCGACAUCGUGGGGUUCACAGCCCUGUCGGCAGAGAGCACCCCCAUGCAGGUUGUGACCUUGCUGAAUGACCUGUACACCUGCUUCGACGCCAUCAUCGACAACUUCGAUGUCUACAAGGUGGAGACCAUCGGCGACGCCUACAUGGUGGUGUCGGGGCUGCCGGUGCGCAACGGCAAGCUGCACGCCCGCGAGGUGGCCCGCAUGUCCCUGGCCCUGCUCGACGCCGUGCGCAGCUUCAAGAUCCGCCACCGGCCGGACCAGCAGCUCAAGCUGCGCAUCGGGAUCCACAGCGGCCCAGUCUGCGCGGGGGUGGUCGGUCUGAAGAUGCCCCGUUAUUGCCUCUUUGGGGACACGGUGAACACGGCCUCACGGAUGGAGUCCAAUGGGGAAGCCCUGAAGAUCCACCUGUCAUCGGCCACCAAAUGCGUCCUGGAGGAGGUCGGAUGCUUCGAGCUGGAGCUGCGCGGGGACGUGGAGAUGAAGGGCAAGGGCAAGAUGCGGACGUACUGGCUGCUGGGUGAGCGCAUGAGCAGCACGCGGGGCUGACCUGCCCGCCGAGGGACCAGCAUCCACCCGCGCGCCGGCCCGUCCUGCUUCUCCUCCGGGCACCGGCCUCUCCCACAGACGCCCCAGCCUGGGGCUGAACGGGGCCCUGCAGGGGGGGGCCCCGCUGAUCCCAGCAAGACAUGGGGGCUGGGUGUGGACCCAGCCCUGCUAGGGGGCCUCCAAAGACACUUCAAACAAUCACCCCCCGCCAACAGUCUCUGCCGCCCGACAGCCUGAGUCGGGUGAGGGGGAAGCAGAGAAUGGUUGGACUGAACCCUGGGAGGAUGAUACCCCUGCAGCAGCAUGGCACCCCCAGCCCCACCCAGUGCCCACGCCCGCCUCCCAGUGCCGCUGGCUCGUGAAAAGCCCUGGAGUAGAAUCACCGACCCAUCCCCAUUCCCAGCCCUGAGCCCCGGUGCUGCCCCUGCCCCGCUCUCUCUCCACCCCUGCGGUGAGGCCCCUGAGCCGGAGCCACAUCUCGGGAGAGGAUCCCACCCCUGUGAGCCCAGAGCCUUGCACCCUGGCGAGCCUCUCCCCCAGGCCUCGCCACGCUCAUCCCCGGAGCCGCGGGUGGGGAGGAGCUGUGGGCCAGGGAAGGAGCCGGUGCUGCCCAGCACCUGCCCUUUCACGAAGAGUGAGGGGAGCGCACACAGCUGGGCAUCACCCCCCACGCACGCCCGGGGUUGGGUGUCCCUGUCAGGGCGUUGUCACCAGAGCUCUACUCUUUGUAAUAAAGCCUGUGUAUCUCA